AUGUGUGCAAAUAUUAAUGAAGCUACUCUUCCUGCUAAGAAUGGAGUAAUUUACCAUUUACAAGUAACUGCAAAGGAUGUUGCAAAUAAUAUUAUUAUGGUUGGAGAUCCAGAACGUGUUCCAAAAAUUGCUGAACUUAUAUUUGAUAAAUCAAAAGAUAUUUUCCGUAAAGAUCAUCGAGGAUUGUGUGUAAUGACUGGUUAUACUAUUGGGGAUGGCAUGAGAUUGUCUAUAGUUACUCAUGGUAUGGGAACUGGUAGUGCAGAAAUUGUUUUAAAUGAAGUUCUUGCUUUAAAAGCAAUUGAUAUUAAUACUCGUACACCAAUUGAAGUUAAAGAACCAGUUAAUAUUAUUCGUAUUGGAACUUCUGGUGCUUUACAAUCCUCAACUAAAUUAGGAACUACUAUUAUUACUAAGUAUUCUAUUGGUCUUGAUAACACUGGUCUCUUUUAUGAUAUCCCACCUCAAUCUCCUCAAAUUGUUAAAUUAGAAAAUAUUGUUGAUGACUUAUUUAAUAAAGGUGUUGCAGAUACUUGCCGUUACAAAGGUGGUAUUCAUGCCUAUGCUUCUCAACCAGAUCCACGAAUGGUUGAUGCUCUUGUCCGUGCUUCAGAAAAGAAUAAACUUCUUCAUAAACUUGGUAUUACAACAACUGUACCAGGAUUCUUUAAUUGUCAAGGUAGAUUAUUAUUUGAAGAAUUACCAGAGACUGUAGAGUCUAUUGAUAAAUUACUUUGCUUUGAUUUUGACGGAGUUCAACCUGAAAAUUUAGAAAUGGAAAUUUCUAUUCUUAGUUUAAUCUCAAGUGGAUUAAAAUGGGUUAGAUUUGGAGCAAUGUGCAUGGCAAUUGCUAACAGAAGACUAAACACUUUUGCUUCUGACGUUGAAAGUAGUUUAGACCCAACAGUCUUAACUGCCGUUGAUGCUCUUCGUGAAAUGAGUAAAAUUCCACUUUAA